AUGUACAUUCAGCCCAUCCCCAUGUGGUGGGGAAGCAAUGACAACUGGGCUUAUCUAGUUGUCGAUGAUGAGAGCCGCGACGCUCUGAUUAUAGACCCUGCGAACCCUGAAGAGGUCGUUCCCGUUCUCAUGGCAGCUAUUCAGUCAAACAAACUCAAUCUUGUCGCGGUAGUAAACACUCACCACCAUUGGGAUCACGCUGGUGGUAACGAAGAGAUUCUAGCUGCACUAAACAACCCAAAACUUGACAUUAUUGGAGGCAAGGACUGCGGAGGAGUCACGAAAACUCCAAGUCAUGGUGAGACUUUCAAGCUUGGGAACAUCACGAUAACUAGUAUAUAUACGCCGUGUCAUACGCAGGAUAGUAUCUGCUUCUUCUUCCAAGAUGGAGAUCAAAAGGCAGUCUUUACAGGCGACACCUUGUUCACUGGCGGAUGCGGGAGAUUCUUUGAAGGGACUGCAGAAGAGAUGCAUGUGGCGCUGAACAAGCAUCUUGCAUCGCUUCCAGACGAUACGGUCGUCUUUCCCGGUCAUGAGUAUACUCGAAGCAAUGCCAAGUUUGGAAUAUCUGUAUCACAAAGCGAACCAGUGCAGCAGCUUCUGGGCUUCUCUGAGGCAAACCCUGUCACGGUGGGCAAGGCUGAUAUUUCAGCGCUGACCAAACAGGAUCCCGACAUCCAGAGGGCGACAGGAGAGACAGACCCGGCCAGUGUUAUGGAGAAGCUUAGAGAGAUGAAGAAUGAGUACAAUCCCUCUCAAUUCUGGCCAUUUCAUCUACAUAUUCUCUAUCUCGCAACAAUCAUCACCAUCUACCUUUUUCCUCUUCCACCAUCACAUUUCACUGAGGAGCAACAAUGGAUGAUUCUUCAGAGAUGGGACGGGUCCCAGAUCCAGACCCAGACCAGCCAGAGAUUCUGGAAGCAGAUAGAAGAAGCCGAGCAGUAUCCCUCACCGUACCAGUGGUCGGAUUAUUACCCCAUAGAUAUUCCAUCGACGCCAACCUCUCCCACAUUUUCACCGAUGUCGCCGUCGUAUUGGUGGCCUGAUAGAGUGGACGAUUCUCUGCCUCAUUGGAGAGACCAUGUGGACGAGAUGGCGUUGUUGCCUAAUUCGCGACCACAUGCCCUCAUACCGCUAGGGUUCCAAGAUGAAGAUUAUAGCGAAAUGGUUGAGAGGCCUGUUCCGCUUUUCCAAAAGUCUCCAUGGUUCAACCUUCCCCCCAAUAUUCGACGGGACAUUCUGCGGCUGGCCUUUGGUGAUCGCCGUCUUCACAUGAGCUUAUCCUUUAGAGAAAAGCAUACAUCUGAUGACGAGAAGGUUGAGUCCUGGCAGUGGUUCGGCGGCAUUUGCCAUCGGGGGGAGACGCUUAGGCUUCGAGACGUAGCCGGGGGGCAGCAAAGGUUUUGGGAAGAUGAUUGCAAGCAUGGUGAUAUCGAGCCCCGAAAUACAAGUAUGAUGAGCUGGCUGCUCUCGUGUCGGCAGAACUAUGCUGAGAUGAUUGACCUUCUAUACUCGAGUAACACGAUUGCCAUGCCUGGCGAAGCAAUGAUAUCGCAUAUCGGGCAGUUGGUCCUCCCUCAGAGGCUUGCUGCAGUCACUUCUCUGGAGAUCAGGUGGCCUCUUCAGAGAGAAAAUGAAGCUUGUGCCGGACACCAUGAUGAGCACACAAACGCUAUACGCAGGCUGCUCCAUCCAUACCAGCUGGAUGUUAAUCAGCUGAGCGUUGUGCUGGAUAUUCUGUCAUGCACAAGCUUCCCCAACCUUCGGAGACUAUGCAUAUCAUUUGAGAAAGAGUACAAUGAGCGUCAUAUCUCCAACCCUGAGGUGCACGAUGUAGUUGUCAACAAGCUGCUGCAGUUUGUCAAGAGCAAACCCAAGUUUAAAGAAUGUGUAUUUGCGCUACCAGAGAAGGUUUUUCGUACAAUAGUCAAAGAUGUUGAACCUGUGGACCUUGAUCCGAGGAACCCUCCAGGACCUUGCAACCAGGUCUGGUGCGCUUCCGAUGGGAAGCUGCAUAGCAUGCAUCCUCCGUUCGUCAACAGCUAUCCCGCUCUUCCGCCUUAUUUAAAGAACAGAGAGGAUUCUGGAUUCUGGUUAUUCAGAAUAGACUGA